UAGCUUCCUGACACCACAGAUGACCUUCAUGACAGUAGAGGUCGAGUCAUUCUUAGGUUGAAUGAGAACGCUCUCAGCUACGGCCUGCUGGUGGCAGCACUGCUCUGCUACGCGCUCGUGUUCGCGCUGUGCGCUCGAGCUGAUCUCCAUGACGCGACGAAGCCGCGCCCUGUCCACCUCGUCGACAACUCCGCCAAGGACAAGCAGACGUACCGCAUCGUCAUCGAGACGGGCCGUCACCGCGGCGCCGGCACCACCGCGAAGGUGAGCCUGAUCUUGCACGGGGAGCAGGGCAUGUCAGAGACGAGGGAGCUGGUGUCGUCUGACGGGCAGCCGCUGUUCGAGAGACAGUCCUGCGACACCUUCAUCAUGACCACGCCGCGCACUCUCGGCUGCAUCUGGAAGUCCAGCUGUGGCACACAACGCCGGCAUCUCGCCAAGCUGGUACCUGAGCCGCGUCACCGUCGAGGACGCCAACGCCGCGCGACACUACUACUUUGAGUGCGAGAAGUGGUACGCGGUGGAGGAGAACGAUGGCAAGGUCGAACGAGAGGUCAUGGUCGCACAGGACUUCAAGCCUGGCUUUCGCAAGGUGUUCUGGUACAAGGCACUGCAGUACUUCUCCGACUACCACGUCUGGUUGUCGGUGUACGCCCGCCCACCGCUCAGUCCGUUCACGCGCGUGCAGCGGCUCGGCUGCUGCCUGGCUCUCUGCCUCUCCAACAUGGCUCUUACUGCCGCCUGGUACCAGCACACGCACCAGGAGUACCGGGGUGAGUUUACGUUGCUGGACGUGUCGUGGCAAGCGGUGCUGGUCGGACUUGUGUCCUGUUUCACUGUGCAGCCCAUCAACCUGCUGCUGCAGCUGCUGUUCCGGCGAAGCAGGAGGAGGGGACAAGUGAGAGGUGAGAGAAGAAGCAGCAGCAGCAGCAGGGAGGUAGCGAGCGACAACCGCUCGCCCGCCCCCGCCUCCUUCCCACCACCGCCCCAGCAGCACACACCCAGCUACGUGCUCGACCACUCGCUGCAGUCGUGGGUGGCGCUGCAGGAGUGGGCGCAGCGGCUCUACGCGAAACACGAGGCAGCAGAGAGGCGACGCGCCGCACCGAGCGACGCUGGCGAAACCUGGAGGGAGGCGGGGCACGUGGACAAGCCGGGCGGCAACACAGGUGUGGAGAUAGAGUCUGGAUUCGAGGACUGCGUCAGUCAGGACCAGGCGGCGAUGAGCGCGGGCGGAGGCGGAGGGCUUCACAACUCCACGCUGGAGACAUCGAGUGUGGAGUCCGGAAUCGUAGUCGGGUCGCACGAGCGCGUGAGGGAGAGCGUGUUGAGGAGGAAGAGGAGGCAUGUGGUGCUGCCUUCCUUCAUGCUGUACAUCGCGUGGACUCUGUGUGCGGCCGUCGUCGUCGCCGCUGCCUACCUCACUGUACUCUACAGUUACAGGUUCGGGAAGACGAGGACGGUGCUGUGGCUGCAGAGCCUCUACUUCUCACUGCUCAUCUGCAUCUUCUGUGUGCAUCCAGUCAUCGUACGUGAGCUCGUAUCCGCGGCUUCAUCCGUGACCGCCGCAUCCUCGGCUAUUCGACGAAAUCUCGGCUUUACGUCGCGUAGUAGACGCGCGGGAACGCGUUCGCAUGUUUCCUCUGAUUGCGGCAGUGUUUUCUUAGACGUAGAAGCCUGUGAACAUGGGUGUAAAGUUGGCUGGAAGGCUACACGUGUCUAAUCUCUAUUCCGUAUUGUGUUCUAUGUUCUAUUCUGUAUUCUGUGUUCUAUGUAUGUUCCAUUCUGUAUUCUGUGUUCUGUGUUCUAUUCUGUAUUCUGUGU